UUGAGUCUGCAAAAACACUUCCAAUCUGUUCAAGACAUGUUCUGUAAGAAAGUCUUCGAUUCGCGCAGGAACGGUUCAAAGUAUGGGGCCACGCUUUGAGCUUGUUUGACAAAAGUGUUUCCAGCUACGCCUGUGUGCAAUCAGAGGGUUCGGUCAAAAUUAUGAAGAAGAUAAUCCAUGCAUUAAGAGAAGAACCAGAGAGGCGGCCCCCGGGAGAUAGAUCUGCUAUGUUUUCCCUUGAACGCGUGAUAGUCCAAAGUGUCGAGGACCUGUGGACAUUGUUGCCAGAAAAUCUCCUUCAAUCGGCCGAGAAUCAAUGGCAAGAGGCACUUCCUAGAAGUGAAGUUGUUGAAAAGAUGCAUUGUUCACGUUAUGUAACUCUCGGCGAGUUAAUCUUACCAUCUGCUAGUAUGGCUACUCCCAUCAAUGCCCUCCAAUGCGAGUUCGAAGAAACGGCACGAGUGUUCAAGGACAGCCUUCCCGAUUCUAUACCCUUGGACGAGAUCCUCAAAGUAACUUCCAGCAACGAUGUUUACGACAUCACAGACAAAAUCCAGCAGACAGGCGGUGGGCUUCGGAACCUACCGAAAAUGCGGCUAUAUCUGGAGCGCUUGAAGGGGUAUACUGGCGUUAUUAAUGAUAUUAUUGAUGGAAGUCGUGAUGUUCUGGCACUCCUCUGGGGACCGAUCGCACUUCUUUUGCAGUGGUCAAGAACGCCGAGCACGGCCUACGACUCAAUCAUAAAUGUCGCGGCCGAGAUAGGGCAAGCACUGCCCGAUUUUCAAGCCUCGGCAGCAAUAUUCGACCAAAACAUGGAGGCCAAAGAGAUUCUGAUGCUGUUUUUUAAGGACAUUCUCAACUUCUAUCGUGAAGCCUUGGAGCCUUUCAGUCGCCCGAGCUGGAUGCAUGUCUUUGAUCGCAUGUGGCCGAAGCAUAACGCGCAUAUCUUGGAAGUUGCACGUCAUAUUGGGCGACUCACUCGACUGAUGAGGACAGAGAUACGCCUAGAGCACAUCAAACAAGAAUACGAGUUUCGAAAGGAUGCAUUGGAGGGUUUCAAAGCGCAGAAGAGGGAGGCUCGUCGGCAAGAAUUCCACCGCAUCAUGACAUUUCUUAGUCCGUGUAGAUAUGAUGACACCCUACAUCGCCUUCGCGACCGUCGCUGUGAGAAAACUGGAGGUUGGCUCUUUAUGGACGAGACUUUCACGAAAUGGCUCAACAAUUCGCAGGAGGAGAACCGAAUCCUGUGGUUGAAAGGGAUCCCAGGGGCAGGCAAGACAGUUCUCUCUAGUGCAAUUGUCGACAAGUUGAGAUGUACCCAAGGGACCACGACAGCUUUUGCAUUCCUGACUUACCAGGAAGCCAAAACUUCAGCGUUGUCGAUAACCCACUCUCUUAUCUUUCAGCUGGCUGGAAGAGAUGAAGACCUCAUGGCUAUUAUUUGCGACUCGAUGGUGGAUGACCUUAAGAACGAUCUCACCGCCGCAAUCAACCUUCUGUCCCCUCUUAUUCAAUAUGUUGGCUCCGUCUAUCUCGUUAUUGACGGUAUUGACGAGAUUAGUGAAACAGAGCGUAGGAGACUUGUUAUAGAACUUCUUAGGCUGGCCAAGAUAUGCGAAAGGCUGAGGAUCAUCCUUAGUAGCCGGUCCGAAGCCGAUAUAAUGCGACUGCUGGAUGAGACAGCAGUCGUGAUCCCGGUUCAUGACCAUAAUGAAGAAAGCAUCAAAGACUACAUUCACGAACGUAGUCAAUAUAUCUUCCAUACUCGCAAAAUUUUCCCAAAGGCACAAGUCGAGAUCAGGAAGCUGUUGGUGCCGUUAGCAAAUCGUGCAAAAGGCAUGUUCCUCUAUGCUCGGCUCAUUAUGGACACGAUCGCAACUAUGCACGACAUGUCAGAAAUACUGAAAGAGUUGGCGGUUCUCCCAGAGAGUCUUGAUCAUGCUUACCAUCGUAUAAUUGUACGCUUGGGAGACCACAAGGACAAGCGCAAGUCAGAGCAGGCUCGGAGACUCUUGGGAUGGGUUGCCUGUACUUCGACGCCACUUACUAUCGAGGACGCACAACAAGCCUUAGUUGUAAGGCCUGGCAACCGGGAUCAGGUCUUCGAUAUAGUCGCAAAGCUCGAUGUUAUCGAGGUCCUUGGUCCAAUCGUUGAGACUGUGGACACUUACAUACGCUUUGUUCACUUCACGGCAAAAGAAUAUAUCUCCAGCCCUCAUCUUGGAGCACAGCUGAUUGACAUGAACCAAGCCACCCUGGAUUUGGCUAUGCGCUGCAUCGAAUAUAUAUGCCAGCGCCAUCAUGAUCCCGGUUUGACAGCUAAGGAGCGCUCCGAGAACGUCUCUACGGGUCAAUACAGCUUCCACGCGUUUUCAACACGAAUGUGGUUCGAUCUGGUCUGUCAGUAUCUUCGGUCCAUCAAGUCAGCGAGUCCGUCAGCCAAUCUAAUUGAUGUCAUUCAAAUGCUGUGGGAGGCUAGGAAGAUACAAGACUUUGAUAGCACUGUCAGGGGUGGAAGUGAGGAUGAGAGUGACAAUGAAGCUACUUUGGGAACGCUGGAUGUAAAACAUCCUCUCCUACAUCAGCUGCUCUGCAGAACCUCACGGUUUCGCAACUCGUCUUUCCAAUUCACCGGCAAGACAAACAGAGACUCUCAGAAGGAAAAACGUGAUCCCCUUACGAUAUCAGCCACAUCUCAACGCAUCCGUCAAGCCCUAGACGACGCGCUCUGUAAUUCCCCAACGGGCUGGCUCAUUUCCGGUGAACCCGGAUGCCAUGAGAAUUGCGCCUAUAUCCUACAGUACUACGGACCACGACCAUUUAAAUGCCGAUUCCCACAGUGUGAAUUUUGGCAACACGGCUUCCAAAAGCGUGUCUCCAGAAACCGGCAUGAGCAUUCGCAUGAUAAUCCUUUGACAUGCCCUGUUCCCGGCUGCGAAUCUGGACUGAUUGGCUUUUUGUCCGAGAGAAUGCUGCAAAGUCAUUUCAAGCAAGCGCAUCAAAGCGAUCCGCCACAAGUCAGCUUUGACGGCCAGGAUCUCGCUCAGGACGGAGUUGAGGCUCUGCUCUCUGACUUGGUCCAAGAAGACCAAGUGGGAGUUGUCCAGAAAGUCCUGUCGACUUUCCCAAACGCCCUCCAGGUCAAUGACAGUCGACAUAAGCUCCGAAUGCUCGCCGCCUUCGCAGCUUCGGAUGCCAUGCUCGAGCUGUUGGAAGAGCCGGCUGAUUACGAUGAGGCCAAGCUAGUAUCCGAGGCUUGGGCAGACUGUAUCGCAGAGUCAAUAAAGGGUCGCAAUGGGAGUACUCUGAGAUAUCUUCUGUCUCGAGCUAAACCUUUUUUUGACAGCAAGUUAAAAAUUGCUUACGGAUCCGCAGAUUUCUUCCGUGUACCAGAAGGGAAGGACCACUCUCGCCGGGUCCUGCUCAUUUCUCAACUUGUAUCGAAUGAUUGGCUUGAAGGGAUGAAAAUAUGCGCCAAGUGGCUUCGAAGCGGACUGAAUAUCUUUCCCAGUCGGGGUCCAAAUUUGACCCUGAUAAAAAGGUUGUUGGGGGGCAACAAAACAAUUCUGGCAGCUGCGUCACACUCGCUGGGGGACCAGCAGCUGCUCUGUCUGUGGAGGGACUCUGGGAUCGUCGCCAUUUUGGAUCAAAAGUGGGCCAGCCAAACUCUGAGAAGUGUAGCAGAGUUCGGCUGUUCAAUCACUCUGGCAACGUAUCUGCUUGGGCAUGGCGCCAAUAUCAAUGCCCGUCCAGGUAGCACGCGGAAAACUGCACUUCACUGCGCGGCAUGCAACACAUCUGCCGAGGGAGCUGAAAUGAUCAGAUUUCUCCUCCUAAAUGGUGCUGACCCAGAAGCAGACCAGAAGACAGCCGACUCCGCAGGGAAACGCCGAGGAAAGAAGAUACGGGAUGAAGAGGGCGCAAAUGGCAUUCAUCGAUGGCUGGGGAAGACCUGGGAUGAGCUUAUCGAAGAGACCAAGCGAAUCCGGCAUGACAGGGAGGCUGGAAAGGAAUUGAUAUCUACAAUUGGCGAGGGGAAGGAAAUUGGCUGUUCAGACCGAGAGCAUAUAGCUAAAUAACUCAAGGUAGUUGAUUCUUUUAUAUGAAUCAUUCCACAC